CACCCAAAUAGAACUUCAGUUUCCAUUCAGUUAUCCAUUCCACUUUGUGAGAUUCAAGAUUCGCACUCUCCAAAACCAGCCCGCUAGUCAGUCACAGAUGCCACCAAAGGCAGCAACCAGAGGGAGGGGUCGGGGCCGCAGUGCAGCCGGUUCUGCUGCUUCCCGCAAUGCGGUGCAAGCUUCAGAAGCCGAGUCGAGCCCCGCGACGGCGGCUGGAGCGGCCAAUCCCGCGGCGCCGGCGCCCGUUCCCGUGAUGGUAGCAUCUUCAUCUGAACCGGCUUCCGCGGCAUCUUCCAGAUUACCCAGCAGCACACCAGCACCAACCUCUUCCAGCCGCGGCAAGUUCAAGCCGAAGGGUGUUCGCCGCAGUGAAGCCGAGCGCGCUCGCCUCGCUGAGGAACAGUUGAAGUUACAAGAACAGAGGAAUGCGGAGGAGGCGCGGCGACUAGCACGCCUCAAUCGCGGGCGAGGUCGAGGCCGGGGUCGAGGUCGCGGAGGGCUUCUACGUGGGGGCCUGCGGACUUCAGCUGCUGCUGGACCGUUGGCGGCUGGUAUGAGUUUUGGUGGAGGUGGUCCGUCAGGUUCAGGUGGCUACGCAUUCGCAUCCGGCUCAGGUUCCGGCUCCGGCUUCGUUAAGCGCGAGGGCGAAGUAAAAGGGGAGAAGGGCGCUUACGGAACAUCCAUCAUCGACAACAGCAGGAUCAACGCAGAUUUGCUCUACAACUACGUCGAAAUCUCAGACGAGGAAGAUGGCGCCUCGAUCACAUCGACCAAGAAAAAGAAGAAGCCGAUCAUGCCCAUGGGUAUCCGGCGCGUGGAACAUAAGGAAGAGGGAGUUACCAUGACAACAGCCGCUGAAAUCGAGGCCCAGGAAAAGGCAGGUGGCGUCGAGGAAGAAUCGGAUGAGGAGAGUCUGUUUGUCGAGGGAGCUACCGUCGGGGAAACGGAAGAGUCAGCUAAGGACGACGGCGUUCCGGACGCGGCGCAUACUCGCAACAACGUCAGCAUCAAGAGGGAAGAGGGCGAAGAGGGCGCAAUGGACUUGGAUGAGACACUCGCAAUCAUCAAGGCGCCUGACUCGCCCGAGCUCAAUAAGAGCGAGCUCAAGAAGGCGCCCAGUGGGGAGCAGAAGCCUAAGAAGUCAUCUGCGCCCAAGGAUGCUGAGGCCGAGAUCAUCGCGGAGGAGCUCCAGCAGAUGCUCGGUCUGUUUACAGUCCAAGACGAUAACAUCUCCGCCGAAAACGGAACGGCAACCAAUGCGGCGCUAGAAGGCCACAUGUUCCUCUUCCAGUUUCCGCCCGUGCUCCCGCCGUUGAAGGUCGUCCCGCGCGAGAGCGAUGGCACGUCGACAAACCCAAACCCGGUCAAGGCGGAGCCGGACGACGAUGUUGUGAUGCUAAACCAGUCCCCUGUCAACAUCGACCUCACUGCAGACACUGACAGCAAGGUCAAGACCGAGGAAGACGGUGAGGAGAAUGAGGAUGGCGAAGGCCAAGGCAAAGAGAAGGAAGACGAGCUCAAGGAAGGAGGUUUCCUCGGCAACCUGAUCGUACGCAAGUCGGGCAAGGUCGAGCUCAGCUACGGCGGGCUGACCAUGACGAUGAUGCCGGGCAUCCAGACGAAUUUCCUGUCGACGGCGGCGCUGAUCGAGCAUGCGGAUGUGAAGCCCAAUGACCCGACGCAGAUGGCGGGAGUCGCAUAUGGCAUGGGCAAGAUUCAGGGCACGUUCACGCUGGCACCAAAAUGGGGCGAUGAGGACGACUGGGUGGUGGAUCCCCAGGAACUAGAGACUCCCGAGGAGUAGGUAGCCGUUGGAGAUUAUGGCAGGGCGGAGAGAGAAAAGCCUCUCUCUUGAGUUCCUAUGGACACGUUCUAUCCAGUCGGGAUAUUAAAACAUGUCUCGCGACUGUACCGAUGGCUGGAUAUAGUACAUACGAUAUCAGGGGUCACGACUCACGAGGGCCAGAGACUUCGCAGAAGUAAAAAACUGAUAGACGGAUGGUGUACGGACUAGAUACCCUAAAAAAGGUUGGAAAAGGAUCUGCUGAGGGUAGGCAAACCAGCUGUCCCCUGACUCCCCUUCCCAAUUUACGUCAGCCGCUGGUUUGUGUUGAUGGGCCGGUUACGUGCAGCGGCGAAUGCAGACGGGAUGCAGCUUCUCCGGGACAAUCGUAGAUCCAGCCAGCACCCGAACUCUUUUGCCGCCUCGGCGCAAUCAACCGAGAC